AAUUCGUUGGUACAGUUGUUAGAAAGAAGCACUGCGUAUUCGAAGUCACUCAGAAAAGUCCUUUACAAACACAUACAAAAUGUUCAGCUUAUUCAGUCUAUUUAUUUUCGGUUUGGGCGCCGCUACCGCAAUCGAAUUGGGUCAUGCGCCUUUGUUGCUCAAGCCGGCUCUGGUCAAGACCGUCGAAGUUGAGGCGCCCGCCCAUUACGAGUUCUCCUAUUCGGUGCGUGACGAUCACACUGGCGAUAUUAAGAGUCAAACGGAAUCGCGCAAAGGCGACAUUGUACAGGGUCAAUAUUCAUUGAUCGAUGCUGAUGGUUACUUGCGCACCGUUGACUAUUCAUCAGAUGCACACAAUGGUUUUAAUGCGGUGGUACGUCGCGAUCCGCUCGGUCAUAAGGUCGUCAAGGCUAUUGCACCAAUCGCCAAAGUACUCGCUCCUGUAGCCUUAGCACCAAAGUUGCCAUUACUCGCUGGAUAUCACUAAAAUAAGCUGGAUCAAUGAGGAUCAUGAACCAAGCGCUACACAAAAGAUACAAAGCGGCAGUGGGCUGGUGGAUGCAAUCAAAGACCAGCGCAUUGUCACAUAACCAAAUCAUCGAUAAAUCAUUAAGCCAUGCAUAUUUUUUUUAAAUCAGUCGAUUUUACGUGUAGUUGAACAUACAUUUAUAUUUAGAGUUUUUGUUUUUAAGAUGAAAAUAUUUUAAUUUUCACUCAACAGCCACAAAUCAUACAAUCACAACCGUAUUUGAUCACACGAAAAUGGAAAAUCCACAAAUGACUAUAACUGACAUUACAAAUACUGCAUGCCACCAAACAUGAGACUAUUAUGGCCACCACCUCGUACCUAACUCAACACAUUCUAUACCAGUAAUAUUCCAUACACAUGCACACUGCACAGACUCAAAUACUCUAUUCUCCGUUCGUUAGAAUCUAUUCUUUUUCCCCCUCUUUCCGUGAACUUCUGCGAUACUAAAGUACAGUUCACUGGAUCAUCUCGUUUUGAUUUUUUGCCAUUCUGACACUCAUCUAACAUAACAUUGUCAUUCGUACAUCUCCUUUAACGGUAAAACUUUUAUGCUUGUAACUU